AUGGCUGCCCUCGGCGAGGAUCUGCUCAGCACCGUCAACAAGCUGCAGGACCUGGUCUUCAACACCAUCGGCAGCGAUUCACUGGACCUUCCUCAGAUUGUUGUCGUCGGCUCCCAGUCCGCGGGCAAAUCCUCCGUCCUUGAAAACAUUGUCGGCCGCGACUUUCUACCGCGAGGAAGCGGCAUCGUCACCCGUCGGCCCCUGAUCCUCCAGCUCAUCAACGUCCCCGAUGACGAGGGCGCCCCCGACCCCUCUCUCGAUCCUUAUCGAUCUCCCGGUGCUGCCCGCCGUUCCGAGUGGGCAGAGUUCCAUCACAUCCCUAACCGAAGAUUCAACGACUUCACCGACGUCAAGCGCGAGAUCGAGAACGAGACUUCCCGCGUCGCUGGCAACAACAAGGGCAUCAACCGACAACCCAUUAACCUCAAGAUCUACUCCCCCCACGUCCUUAACCUGACCCUGGUUGAUCUUCCCGGUCUUACCAAGGUCCCCAUCGGUGACCAACCUACCGAUAUCGAGAAGCAGACCCGAAACCUGAUUUCAGAAUACAUCGCCAAGCCCAACAGUAUCAUUCUUGCCGUCUCUCCUGCCAACGUCGAUAUCGUCAACUCGGAGGCUCUCAAGCUUGCCCGGCAUGUUGACCCUCUUGGCCGGAGGACUAUCGGUGUCCUGACCAAGGUUGACCUUAUGGACCACGGCACCAAUGCCCUGGACAUCCUCUCGGGUCGUGUCUACCCUCUGAAGUUGGGAUUCAUUGGUGUCGUCAACCGCUCACAGCAGGACAUCCAAGGAAACAAGCCCAUGGAGGAGGCUCUUCAUGCCGAGGCCGAAUUCUUCAAGCACCACCCUGCCUACCGCAACAUUUCCAACCGCUGCGGCACCCACUACCUAGCAAAGACGCUCAACACCACUCUCAUGGGCCACAUCCGUGAGCGAUUGCCCGACAUCAAGGCCCGUCUCAACACCCUCAUGGGCCAGACCCAGCAGGAGCUGGCUAGCUACGGUGACAUGCACUUCAGCGGAAAGGAGCACCGUGGCUCUCUCAUUUUGCAGCAGAUGACUCGCUUCGCCACCUCUUUCAUUUCCUCCAUCGAUGGAACCUCUACCGAGAUCUCAACCAAGGAGCUCUGUGGUGGUGCCCGCAUCUACUACAUCUUCAACUCGGUCUUCGGUAGCUCUCUCGAAUCUAUCGAUCCCACCUCUAACCUGUCCGCCCUUGACAUCCGGACGGCCAUCCGAAACUCUACCGGUCCCCGGCCCAGUCUUUUUGUUCCAGAGAUGGCUUUCGACCUCCUUGUGAAGCCUCAGAUCAAGCUCCUCGAGAUUCCUAGCCAGCGUUGCGUGGAACUUGUCUAUGAGGAGCUGAUCAAGAUCUGCCACACCUGCGGCUCAACCGAGCUUUCCCGAUACCCCAGACUCCAGGCCAAGCUCAUUGAGACGGUGUCAGACCUGCUCCGCGAGCGGCUAGGACCUGCUUCUUCGUAUGUUGAGUCUCUCAUUUCUAUCCAGCGCGCCUACAUCAACACCAACCAUCCCAACUUUUUGGGCGCUGCUGCUGCCAUGAGCAAUGUUGUUACCGCUAAGCAGGAACGAGAACGGAAAAAGUUGAUCCAGGAGGAGCGUGAGCGUCGGGAAAGACGACGACUGCAGGAGAUUGAGGCCGACGGUGAUGGCCCCGAGAACGAGGACGGUGUCACAGCUCCCAACGAGAAGGCCGAGAAGACCAAGUCGAGCCGAAGCAAGGUGGCCAAACCCCCUCGCAGCCUCUCGCCUCCGGUCCUCGAGAACGGAAACCACCCCAGUAUCGCUGCCGCUAUGAACGCGUCAAAUCUCAACGGUAUCCGGUCUGCAUCGCCUUCUCGACUUAACCAGCAGGGCCUCGGAGGCGCGCGGGACUCCUUCUUGAACUACUUCUUCGGCAAGGAUGGUGCCAACAUGGGUGCUACCGGGCCUCUACCCAGCCCUACGUUGUCCAACGGACGACAUAUUAGCCAGCACUCCGAGACCAGCUUCCCUAUUGUGCGCCGGGAAAAGGAGAUCCCCCACCGUCCAUCCACGGCCACACCCCAGCCUCUGGAGGACGAAUUUGACCGGACAGGCAAGAACUACGGCUUGGCUUCCCAGAUGGGAGAAUCCGCGGAACCGGCCAUGACGGAGCGGGAGGCCAUGGAGACGGAGCUCAUCCGGGCUCUCAUCUCUUCCUACUUCAACAUUGUGCGGGAGUCCAUUGCCGAUCAGGUCCCCAAGGCCGUCAUGCACCUCCUCGUCAACCACUGCAAGGACGUUGUCCAGAACCGCCUCGUCAGCGAGCUCUACAAGGAGUCCCUCUUUGAGGAGCUGCUGUACGAGGACGACGGCGUCAAGAAGGAGCGCGAGAAGUGCGAGCGCCUGCUGCAGACGUACCGCGAGGCCGCCAAGAUUAUUGGUGAGGUGCUGUAG